AUGUACUUAAGUGGGUUUGAGAUCUCAGGAAGGAUGCAGUUUUGCUGUGAAUCUGUAAAUGGCUCCUGCAUAAAGAGCAGCUGGUCAAGCAAUAUCCGUAUUCCCAUGUAUAUCUUCAUGGUGUGCAUCAUCCUGGCCACGUUGGCUGGAAAUCUGACAGUUAUCAUCUCAAUAGCACACUUCAAGCAGCUCCAUACGCCUACAAAUUUCUUGAUCCUUUCCAUGGCCACUGUUGACUUUUUGUUGGGGUGCUUCAUCAUGCCUUACAGCAUGGUGAGGUCUGUGGAGAACUGCUGGUACUUUGGAGAACUUUUCUGCAAAAUCCACACUAGCACAGACAUUAUGCUAAGCACAGCCUCCAUUUUCCAUCUUUCCUUCAUUUCUGUUGAUCGCUACUAUGCCGUGUGUGACCCACUGAGAUACAAAUCUAAGAUAAAUACUUGCAUCAUAGUGGUCAUGAUCAUCAUAAGUUGGACCAUCCCUGCCAUUUUUGCCUUUGGGUUGAUCUUUCUGGAGCUAAACUUAAAAGGAGCAGAAGAGAUUUUCUAUAAUCAUAUCCACUGUGUUGGAGGCUGCUUUGUCUUCUUUAGUGAAACUUCAGGUGUGGUGGCCUCAAUGAUUUCCUUCUACAUCCCUGGAUUUGUUAUGUUGUGCAUCUAUGGGAAAAUAUACGCUAUAGCCAAGAGGCAGGCAAGAUCCAUUAGAGAUGCAGCUAUCCAAACGCAGAUCAGAUUUGAAAUGAAGCACCACAUUUCACCAAGUAGAGAAAGGAAAGCUGCAAAGACAUUAGGCAUAGUGAUGGGUGUUUUUCUCAUAUGUUGGUCUCCAUUUUUCUUCUGUACUGUCACUGACCCCUUUAUGAAUUACUCAACACCACCUAUUCUUAUUGAUGCGUUGGUGUGGUUUGGUUACCUGAAUUCUACAUUUAACCCAUUAGUGUAUGCAUUUUUUUACAUGUGGUUUCGCAGAGCACUAAAGUUGAUUCUGUUUGGUAAAGUUUUCAGACAGGACUCUUCCAGGACUCAAUUAUUUUUAGAAUAA